AUGCUUCUGGAUGCUGGACCGCAGUAUCCCGCGAUAGGAGUCACUACCUUCGGAUCGUCUCGCCACCACUCCACGGCCGAUGUCACGGACAGAGAAGUGGGGCUGGGGAUCAACCCCUUCGCCGACGGCAUGGGCGCCUUUAAAAUUAACCCCAGCACCCACGAGCUGGCCUCGGCCGGCCAGACCGCCUUCACCUCGCAGGCGCCCGGCUACGCGGCGGCGGCCCUGGGGCACCACCACCACCCGACCCAUGUCAGCUCCUACUCCAGCGCCGCUUUCAACUCCACCCGGGACUUUCUGUUCCGCAACCGCGGCUUCGGGGAGGCGGCGGCGGCCAGCGCCCAGCACAGUCUCUUCGCCUCCGCCGCCGGCAGCUUCGCCGGACCCCACGGCCACACGGACGCCGCAGGACACAUACUGUUCCCGGGGCUGCACGAGCAAGCCACCAGCCACGCUUCGCCCAACGUGGUGAACGGGCAGAUGCGCCUGGGCUUCUCCGGAGACAUGUACGGCAGACCCGACCAGUACGGCCAGGUCACCAGCCCCCGCUCCGAGCACUACGCGUCGACCCAGCUGCACGGCUACGGCCACAUGAACAUGAACAUGGCAGCCCACCACGGGGCAGGGGCCUUCUUUCGUUACAUGAGGCAACCCAUCAAACAGGAACUCAUCUGUAAGUGGAUUGAGCCCGAGCAAUUGUCAAACCCCAAAAAGUCCUGCAACAAAACUUUCAGUACGAUGCACGAGCUGGUGACUCAUGUCACAGUGGAGCACGUUGGAGGACCCGAGCAGUCCAAUCACAUAUGUUUCUGGGAAGAGUGUCCAAGAGAAGGGAAACCUUUCAAGGCCAAAUAUAAACUUGUAAAUCACAUCAGAGUCCACACAGGUGAAAAACCUUUCCCCUGCCCUUUCCCAGGCUGUGGCAAAGUGUUUGCCAGAUCAGAGAAUCUCAAAAUACACAAAAGAACUCAUACAGGUGAAAAACCAUUUAAGUGUGAAUUCGAGGGCUGUGACAGGCGCUUUGCAAACAGCAGCGACCGCAAAAAGCACAUGCAUGUGCACACUUCCGACAAGCCCUAUCUCUGCAAAAUGUGUGACAAGUCCUACACGCACCCCAGCUCCCUCAGAAAGCACAUGAAGGUCCAUGAAUCGUCUUCGCAGGGGUCCCAGCCUUCUCCCGCCGCCAGCUCAGGCUACGAGUCCUCCACCCCUCCAACCAUCGUGUCUCCAUCCACAGAAAACCAGACCGCCAGCUCCUUAUCCCCUUCCUCCUCCGCAGUCCACCACACGUCCAGCCACAGCACGCUUACAUCAAAUUUUAACGAAUGGUACGUUUAA